AUGCUUUCCAUCAUUGUCGCCCUCGUGGUCAUCCUGACUCUAUACAAAUACAUCACGUAUCUACACUCCCCCCUCUCCAAAAUCCCCAAUGCCCACUUCACUUCCCCCUUCACCUCGAAAUGGAUAGAUUCAAAGCGCAAUAAAGGCACAGAAGUGCUCACCCUCCACUCUCUCCACCGCAAACAUGGGCCCCUCGUCCGCCUCGCCCCCAACGAACUGAGCGUGAACUCGCUCCACGGGCUGAAAACCAUUUACACGGGCGCAUUCGAAAAACACUGCUUCUACGCAGAUGUGUUUGUCAACUUCAUGACGCCGAAUCUGGUGGGCAUGGUGCAUAAUAAGCCACACGCGGAGCAGAAGCGCAUGCUGAGUCGGGUUUAUUCCAAGUCGUACUUGGCGGAGUCGGUGGAUUUGAGAGCCAUUUCGCGGAUGAUGCUGAAGGAGAGGAUAUUUCCUAUUUUGGAUAAUUUGGCGCAGACGGGGGAUUCAGUCAAUGUGCUGCCGCUGUUUCAGGCUGUGGGGAUGGAUUUUACCUCCUCGUAUUUGUUUGGGACGGAGAAUGGGACGAUGUUUGUGUUUGAUAUGGGGGAGUGGAUGAGGUGGCUGGGGGAGUAUGAGCGGUUCAAGUAUAUGAGUCUGCAGGAGCGAUAUCAUGGGUUUAUUGAGAGUUGGUGUCUGUCGCUCUGUCAAAAGAUGAAGCUGAAUGAACAUCCGAAUGAUGUGUCUGUGUCUACCAAGGCAGUGGUGUACAGCCAGCUCCACGACAGUCUGCUCAAAAACCCAGACGAUCGACCAAUUGAGCUGGCCAUUGCGUCUGAACUACUCGACCAUCUUGUUGCCGGCCAUGAAACAACUGGCAUCACAUUCACCUACAUGAUGUGGCAGCUAUCGCAACAUCCCCAUCUACAGGACGAACUACGAGAAGAACUCCUCACCCUCCAACCUCAGCUGAAAUAUCCAUUUACCAAUGAUCUACCAUCCCCAUCAUCAAUCGACUCUCUCCCCCUCCUCGACGCAAUGGUCAGAGAGACGCUUCGUCUGCAUUCACCCGCUCCCGGCCCCUUACCACGAGUAACACCGCAUACUCCAUCCGGCACAUCUAUCGAUUCAUACCACAACAUCCCCGGCGGCGUCAAAGUCAGUUCCUCCGCGUACAGCCUCCACCGCAUCGAGGAAGUCUAUCCCAACCCAGCAGAAUGGCUUCCAGAACGAUGGCUUCACCCAGAAGGGAGAAUCCACGAUAUGCGCAGACUGUGGUGGCCGUUUGGAAGUGGAGGAAGGAUGUGUUUGGGGAGUAAUUUUGCCUUGCAGGAGAUUAAAUUGGUCAUGGCUGCGGUGUUUACGAAUUAUACGACGACGAUUGUGGACGAUGAAGGCAUUGAGCAGGAUUAUGAGUUUAUUUCGUUGCCAAAGGGGAGGAAGUUGAUGCUCAGGUUUGCUGCUGUUGAUUAUGAUUCAUGA